AGGAAGUAUUUUAUAUUGCUGCUGUCUUAACGCUUCAGCUUCAUUAGUAGCGUGAACAGUUCAGCGGACUGUCAGCUAAUUCCUUUUAAAAGAACACUAUGAAUCUAGAGAAGCUUGCCAAACUCCAGGCACAAGUGCGGAUAGGUGGAAAGGGAACGGCCCGCAGGAAGAAAAAGGUUGUUCACAAAACGGCAACAGCUGAUGACAAAAAACUCCAGGGCUCGCUGAAGAAACUGGCGGUGAACAACAUCGCAGGGAUAGAAGAGGUGAAUAUGAUAAAAGAUGAUGGGACGGUGAUCCACUUCAACAACCCCAAAGUGCAGGCGUCUCUGUCUGCCAACACCUUCGCCAUCACGGGCCACGCCGAUACCAAGCAGCUGACAGAGAUGCUGCCAGGCAUCCUGAGCCAGCUGGGAGCCGACAGCCUCAGCAGCCUGCGCAAGCUGGCCGAGCAGUUCCCACGGCAAUCAAUGGACAUGAAAGCAGUCAAGGAGGAAAUUGCAGAAGAAGAGGACGAUGACGUACCAGAUCUUGUGGAGAACUUUGAUGAAGCCUCAAAGAAUGAAGCAAACUGAUGAAUCCUUUUUUUUUUUUUUUACCUCCGUCAACCGUUGUCUUUUUUUACCUCUUACGGACUCACAGAGGGCAUUCCUCUUGUGGUGGAAACGGUUGUUAAAGGUGCGAUGCAUCAUCAUCAUCAUCUCCGGAGACGUGAAGCACUGCGGUUUAGCCUGCCACAACAACAACAACAUGCAGAUACAGUAGGUUUUGAUUUCAGUAGGCUGUGAUAUUGUGGACACGCCGAGAAACGAGGAUCCGCAGGACUCUCAGCACCCGAAGGACUCCAAGUUCUUUAGAAAUAAGCUUUCUACAUGGUUAAACAUGGCUAGUAUUUAAGAGAGUGUUUAUUAAAUUACAUUUGAAGUGAAUUCAUUCACUUUACAUUAUAGCGGUGAUUAUGAAUUUAAUAAAACAUUUUUGGGCUAUUGA